GUGAUGAUUACGAUUACAAAUGGCGACUUCGUCCAGGAAGAAUUAACUAUGAAGAUGUUAUUUAGAAAUCCAUUGUGUCUGCUUCAAAUUUUUGUUGUUUUAUCUACUUUACUAAAUUUUUCUUCUGGAUUCGAGUGUAAACACAACAAAACAGAUCUCUCAGCCUUGAGUGGAUUUCCAUGGGUGUCGUGGACAGAUGACACAGUUGACGAAAAUAUAUCUUACAGAUUUAGUCUGUGUUCUCCACUCAUGCCCAAUGGUGCAGGCGAUCAUACAUGCCCAUCCGGAUCCUCAGUCUGUAUGAUCUAUAGUAAUGGCACUAGCUAUUCAGCGGGUAACUUUGACGCAAGUGCAGACAGUCUACCUGGGGGAACAAAUGAAGAACUCGGAGAAUCAUGGGUUGUCCUGGCUGGUGAUCCUUGCCCGGCCGAUCCAAAAUAUAAUCUGACAACUUCAAUCAGCUUUAAAUGUGGUCCAACUAUCGGUUCUCCAGUGUUUCUUGACUUCACAACAUGUGUUAGCUAUUUUGAAUGGGAGACAAACCUGUACUGUACGACACGGAACACAGUGAAAGAAGUACCCUGUUACCUGUAUGAUGAUCAAGGAAAUAGAUAUGACUUGUCCCCUCUUGCAAAAACAAAGGGAGGCUAUCUGGUGUCAUCUGAGUUGGAUACAGAUAUUUACAUCAAUGUAUGCAGAGAUAUAAAAGCAGAUUCUAUAACAUCCGGUUGCCCCGCUGGUUCAGCGGCUUGUAGAAAAAAUAAUGGAGUGUUUAUUGGUCUUGGUGAACCGACUGAAAUACUAAAACGUGGGACAGAUGGACGAUUAACCUUGAAAUAUGUGUCCCCAAACUCGGAAGCAAUGGCAGGAUGUACCACAAAGCCAUCAACAACAGUUAUAUUUAUUUGCCCAGAAAGAGGAGCGAGCAAGGAUCCAUUGGUGGUGAAAGAUUUUGACUGUCAGUAUGUAAUAGAGUGGGAAACUGAGUAUGCCUGUCCCGAGAUCAAACUGCAUAAUAAUUCCUGUGUUCUUACCAUGGAAGAUGCUGAUAUUGAUAUUGACCUUCGACCUUUGAGACGACCUCCAGGAUCACGAUAUAAAACUAGCUGGAAAGAUCCAAGCUCUAGCAAGGAUACAACCUAUGAUUAUUUCCUGAAUGUUUGUGCGGAUGCUGGGAUCGAUUGUCCUGAUGAAGAACACAAAGAUAAGAUUCCUGCCUGCCAGACAAUACAGAGCAAUGCUGAUUAUGGUAGAGCCAUGGGAAGUACAGAUCAUACAAGGAUAAGUUAUGCAGAUGGCAGGCUGACUUUGACCUAUAAAGGGGGAGAAAAAUGUCACCAUAAUAAUUUUCAGAGGCAGACAGUUAUCAACUUUGUCUGCAACCAGACUGCAGGGGAUGGUAACCCAGUGUUUGAGAACGAGGAUGAGUGUGUAUACUUGUUUACUUGGCCUACCAGAUAUGCCUGCUUAGAUCAUCCCGUUGAAGAAUCCUGCAGGGUCGAUGUUGGCGAUAGAAAAUAUGAUCUGGGUCCACUUACUAGAAGAUCUGGCAUAAACUGGAUGGCUUUACAUGAGCAGAAUGACCUUUAUGGAAGAGGUCAAUAUUUUAUCAACAUCUGCCACAAUAUUUUACAGACAGGAGAUGCGUCACGAUGUGACCCUGGGGCUGCCAUCUGCUACAGAGAAUAUUUGAGUACAAGAAACCUGGGACGUUACGAGAGCAAGCCAGUAGUUGACAGUAAAACAAACAAUACAGUUAUCAAAUAUACAAAUGGUGACAUAUGUAAUGGCACUACCAAGAUCACGUCAACUAUAACCUUCAUUUGCAAACCAGGUGAGGGAGAUAGUGCUCCAACUCUGAUACAGGUUUCUAAUGACAAAUGUUUCUAUGAGUUUGAAUGGCAUACAGCUGAAGCCUGUGCUUUAGGACAUUAUAUUGGUACUGGUUGUAAAAUCUAUGCUGACGGUUUGAGUUUUGAUUUGACACCCCUUAGAAAGGCAACUGGAUCGUACAAAGUGGACUCUGCCUCAGAUAAUAAUCACGAUUAUUACCUCAAUGUCUGUGGGCCAAUUACAGACAAAUGCCAAGAUCUGGGUAUUGACAAUGUUGGCAUAUGUCAGGUGCCAGUAAACCAAAAUGAGAACUCCUAUGUAACCGGUCAGGCAGCAUCAGAACUACGUUACUAUGAUGGAAUGAUCAACCUUACAUAUUCUGGUGGUACUCCAUACAAUGACGACAAAAAAACUCCAAGGAGGUCAGAAAUUGCCUUCAUUUGUGACCAAGAUGCUGGGAAAGGACAACCACAUUUUAUAGCUGAAGCAGCGUCUGAGCAUUACUAUGGAUUUGAGUGGCGUACCUCUUAUGCUUGUCCUAUUCAGGCAAUGCAAUGCACAGCUGCAGAUGAAAAAUUGGGACAGGAGUAUGAUAUUUCUAGUCUGACAAUGCUUGGUGAAGGCAACUGGGCAAUAGAUGGAAGUUCCAACACAAAGUACUACAUUAACAUAUGUCAGCCAUUGAACAAAGUUCCUGUGGGUAAUGGGUGUGAUCCAUUUGCUGCCAUCUGUAGAACCAAGUUUGAAAAUGGACAGGAGAAGAUAGACAUUCCCAACAUGGGCCGUGUGGAUUCGAGACUCCAGGUAGUGAAUGAGGGUAGGCUGAAACUUGUAUACAAGGGAGGAAGCUGUAACAACGGAACAGCCGAUGUGCCUUAUAUUACUAACAUAGAGUUCAUGUGUCGCCAUACCACCUUGACAUCACCGCCAAGUGCCCCGCUACAGGAUGGUCUGUGUGAGUACACAGUAGUAUGGGACACACCAGCUGCAUGCCACCUAGUGAGGGACCUAGAUACCGAGCCGUGCACGGCUAAAGAUCCAAACAGUGACUAUGUGUUUAACUUAUCUCCCUUGAAGAGGACCGAAGACAACCCUUACAGUAUUAAAGUGGAUGGUUCAAAUUAUUUGAUCAAUAUAUGUGGUAAUAUUUCUGAAAGUAAAUGUCCAAAGAGCAAUGAUCAAUUAUCAGGAGUUUGUGUAGAGAAAGAUGGGAAAAAGGAGAGUUUAGCGGAGGCAAGGACUGGACUUGAUUUCCGUGAAGUUGGAGUGAUGUCCCUUGUGUAUGAGGGUGUAAGACUGGACAGUGGUCAGAGAGUGAAUGUGAAAAUAAUGUUUGUGUGUGCACCUGAUAAAGAUAUCGGUUAUCCUACCUUUGACCAUAAAGUGGAUAACACAUAUAUCUUUCAUUUUUUCACUGCCCUGGCCUGCACUCCGAUUUCUACCGACUGUUUUGUGCAGGAUGAAGCUGGAAAACAGUACAACUUGCGACCUCUCAUCAGAAAUAAUUUCUGGACAGCCACAGACAUGUGGGACGACAGUACAGAAUAUUACAUCAAUGUUUGUGCUCCGGUUCAAAAUGUCCCAAAGUCGGAGUGUCUAGAUGGACCAAUUGGAGGUUGCCAGGCAGCUAGUAAUGGAAAAUCCUACAACAUAGGAUAUAUUCAGUCCAAACCGAUUGCCCAUACUGAUGGAUCACUAACCAUACACUAUAGAAACGGUGAUAUUUGUCAUAAAGGAACAGACCGUCAAGCACACAGAUCAACAAGGAUAAACUUUUUCUGUUCAGAUACUGAGCAUGGACCUGUGUUUGAGUCAGAGACAGAGACUUGUGAGUAUGUGUUUAACUGGCAAACACCAGCAGCUUGCCCAUUACAGUCAAACACUGGCGGACAGUGUAAGGUAGUUGAUCCACUAUACAAGUAUGAAUUUGACCUGAAUGUACUUGCUACAUCGGAUUAUCAUGUUGCCGUGGGUGAUGAGGAGUAUAUCAUCAGUGUGUGUAAGCAUCUGACGGACACUAGUGUAUGUGGCACUGAUUCUGGUGCUGGAGUUUGUCGGACAAAGCCACAUGAUACUAACUUCCAUCCUGUAAAUACAGGAAAGGCAAACGACAAUUUGACGUAUGAUGGUGGACAGUUGAUAUUAAACUACACUGGUGGAGAUAACAAUUGCUACACCGUCAUCCGAUUUUCCUGUGACCUCAAGCAGGAAGGCAGCAAAGGUCCGCAGUUUGUUGAGAAAUCAGAACAAAAUUGUCACUAUUUGUUUGACUGGCCAACGUACCAUGUAUGUCCGCCGCGUAAAUCGGCCACAUGUACUGUUCAGGAUACAAACGGAAAGUCAUACGACCUAACUAAUUUAGAACUGAUGAACGACAACUAUGAAGUCACUGAUACUGUAGAGAAGAAACGUUACCUGAUAAAUGUAUGCAGAUCCCUUAUACAAAAACAAAAUGCCACCUGUCCGUAUAUGGCUGCAGCAUGUAUGGUAGAUUUAGAUAAACCUGAAUCAGCAACUGACAAAUAUAAGAGUAUUGGAGAGCCUAGUGGUUACCAGAUGAAGGUUGAGAAUGGACAGGUUGUAAUCACAUAUACAAAUGGUGAUAAGUGCAGCAAUGGCAAAGAUAACAUGACCACACAUAUCACCUUCACAUGUGACAAGCAUGCCUUACAUUCCAGUCCUGUGGGUCAUUUUAUGGUAGGUGAAUGUGACCAUCAUUUCCUGUGGAUGACAGCUUCUGCAUGCAUCCUCGAGGAUACCAGCAGUGGUGGUGGUGGUAAAGAUAUUACAUGUCAAGUCAAAAAUCCAGCCACAGGAAAUGUGUUUGAUUUGUCCAAUUUGAAGACAACCUCCAAAGGUUCUCCAUGGAAAGUUACAGAUAAAAACAACAAUCUGUACGAGUUCAAUAUUUGUGGACCAGUGACUAACAGUAAAUGUACAGAUGCAGAUAGUUCUAUUGGUGUCUGUCAGUCGUCAGGGAUGUAUCCUAAUCGACCUAAGUACAAUGCCGGAAAAGCUGUCCAUGACCUAUGGUUUGAUGAUGGUGUUGUUGUACAGAAUUUGACUGGUGGCGAUCGUUGCCAUAAUGGGAAGUAUGAAAGGAACACUAUUAUCACUUUUGUGUGUAAUGGACACAGAGGAAUUGGCCGUCCUAUGUUUGUUGAUGAGACAGAAGAUUGUACAUACUACAUAUCCUGGCAUACAAAUCUUGUUUGCGAAGAAGAGUUGAAAUGCUCUGUAAAUACUGAUGAUUAUAGAACCAUAGACCUGUCUCCCCUCUCACAAGAUCCAGACCAGGUUGUACACUCGACAGUAGAUGGAUCAGUAUUCUAUCUUAGUGUCUGCUCUAGCUUGACUCCAAUGACUGGCAUUCUCUGUCCCGCUGGUUCGGGUGCGUGCCUAGUGAAACCCUCCGAUGGUGUAAACCAUACAAGUUUAGGUAAACCAAAGUUAUCACCUACAUAUAAUACUGCAACGAAAGAUAUCACCUUGAUGUAUGUGAACGGUUCUAAAUGUGAUACAGAUCCCACAAAGAAUUUCACAUCUAGGGUUAUCUUCACCUGUCUUCCAGGACCAUUUAGAAGUAAGCCAGUGUUUGUUAGGAAGGCUGAUUGUGAGUACAUAUUCCAAUGGGAUACCUACACUGUCUGCACUGAAACAACACAAAGUGAAGUGUGUGGUUACCAUGACAACACGGGAGAUUUCUACGACUUUAAAAAGCUUCAGCAUAAAGAACCAACUGAGGUGAGGGUGAAGAAUGAAACAAAAUACCUGUUAAAUAUGUGUGGACCUAUAAAAAGUGAUGACACAUCAAGUUGCGACUCCCACAUGGUGUGCCGAAAGGAAGAUGGAGUUUCGUUUGGUGAACCAAGCAAUUUCAAGGUGGUGAAAGAGGGGCAGUAUAUAAAAGUGAUGUAUGAAAGUGGUGGAAAAUGUAAAGGAGAUACAAAGGCUCAGAGCUCUAUUCAUUUUGUAUGUGAUAGAAGUGUUGGUGAGGGAGUGCCAGUAGUGCUAGCCUCUAUGGGCUGUAGUGUUGUGUUUGAGUGGGCCACAAGCUAUGUGUGCCCUACCCGGCAGAACCCAUGCAGUAUUGUCCUAGAUAAUCACCUGUAUGACCUGUCUAUACUCUCGAAAAUUCAUGGAGCCUGGAAUGUUACUGAUUCAGAUAAGAACACAUACUGGAUAAAUAUUUGUACAUCUGUUGGUGGGCCUAACUUACCAGCUGUAUGUGAUGAAAAAGUGGCUGCAUGUCGCCUGCUUAAAAAUGGUGGUGGAGAUGUUAUGGGAUCAAUAAAUUCACAGAAAAAGAUAUACAAGAACAAUACAAGCGGUGCUCUUGUGUUGGAGUAUGGUGAAGGAAACCCUUGCACAAGGAACAAUGGUCGUUCAGCAACUACAAAAAUCAAUUUUAUAUGUGGAUCAGUUUUUGGAGCUCCAGAAUUUGUAGAAAGUGAGGAAAAUAAGGAACUUUGUAUAUAUGAAUUCAACUGGAAGACCAAGUUUGCAUGCAAAGUAGAAAGAGAAAGCAUGCAGAUGUCAAAUGGAGAACUGAAGGACAAAGAAACUGGAUUAAUAGUUGACCUUAAACCCCUUUGGAACAAAAGUUUUGAAGUGGACCAAAAGUUGGACAGUGGGAAUGAGAAUGUAUACAAGAUUUUAUUGAAUGGCAACUCGACACAGUGUAAAAAUGGCGUCAUCUGUCAGAUAAAGAAUAAGAAUAUUUAUAGAACAUUGGGAAGUUUUGCAAGUGCAAAAUUCACUGAAGAUGACUGGGUUAUUGAGGCAACAUACACAACAGGUGAAAAAUGUGCAGGAGACGAGUCCAGUCAUAAUGUUACCAGUAUAAUACAGUUUCAUUGUAGUAAAACAGAGAUGAAGCCAAGGUUGUUAUAUAGCAAAAAAGAUUGUUUCUUCAUGUUUAUCUGGGAGACAAACCAUGCAUGCCUCACAUAUAAAAGUAUUGUACCUUCUGGUAACUCUGCAAAUGGGAACCAGGCCUCAGGUACUGGUUCUUCCAAACAGUUGUCUGGCAAGGGUGGUGUAUCUGCUACAACUGUAAUAGGCAUAGUAGCAACAUUCCUAGGAGCCGUUGUGUUAUGUAUCUUACUGGUUGUCUUCCAUAAACAGGAAAGAAGGGAGUCAUGCUUCCUGAGAAUGAGGGGGCUGUUUAGCAGAGGGAGGCCAGAAUAUUCUCAGCUGCGGUAUCAAAGGUUACCUACGGGAACAAUGGAUGAUGUAUUUGGUGAUGAAGAGGAGGUUGUUACGGUUCAAAAUGCUGCGGGAGAUGAUAAUGAAGAGGAUCCAAUUAUUACCGUGACAACAACACCCGCCAGUUACCAUGAUGACAGUGACGAAGAUUUGUUGGCAUAGCAACAGGGGGAACAAUCUCAUUAGUUGAUGUGUCUGUUAAUUGUCCCAUGAUUUUAUUCAGAAAUGUUAGCUGUCACAUGAAAAAGGGUUGUCUGGUUUAUGAAAAAAAGUUUAAAAAAAAAAAAAAGAAAUAAAGCUACGUCUGCUUAUUGGGAAAUUCAGCUGUAUAAGAGUAUAAAGCUUAAUGGUGUAAGCUUACCUUUGUUGAAAGAAUACUUGUCAGCAAAGGCCACUUAUUUUUCAUUUCACAAGAGUAGUCUUUCUAGAAUGGUAGUCUUUCUAGAAUGGUUUGAGUGUAAGUUUUACUGAAAUGAUCUCCAGAAGCUCUUUGUUUCAUACUUUCUUUUGAAAGACAGUCCUUUUUGAUGUAAUAGCACAUAGGUAUGUGUUUCAAAUUUAUGCAUUGUGUUUAUAUAUAAUGGAAAAAAACCAUAACAUUUUACAAUAUAAAUCUGUGAUUUUUAUAUCUCAUAUGUUAAAGAGUGUAAAAGACAAUAUCAAGAUUCUAUAUCAGAAACUGGGAUUUUGAAAUGUAUUAUAUUUAGUUCUGUUUUAGUAGUUUUUCCAAAUAUUUUCAUUGUACAGUUGACUGAAAUAUUUGAGUUUUGAUAUAUAAGUUCCUUGCAGAGGAUUUUGAUGAUUCUAGAUGCCAAAGUGAAAAGUUCGACUUAAAGGGGUUUGAAGUUUAAAAUGAUUUAUUUCAAUGGAUCUUGUUUAUAGGGGUUUCAUUGUAUAUUUUAAAUGCUCUGAAUUAACAAUGGUUAGUUGAAGAAUUUUUCACAAUGGUUUCAUUGUAAAUAUCUGCAUGAAAGCUUUUAUUACGACAAGAGAAAUCAUGUUGAAGGUAUGAACAUAUAUAUUUAAGAAACAUUCUUUUGCUGUUUCUUUCUUUGAUUUACAUGUGUAUAACUAACAUAUAAAAAUAGGUUUAUUGUUAAGGAGUUUUCAUGAAUGUGGGUACCUCAAACAGAGGCUAAAAUGUAUGUUUUCAUGUCUGUGGUAUGUACUCAAAAACAGUGAAAUAUUGUGGGAAAAGUUUGAAUUCUUUUGCGAGUUUUCAAAAAGUUUUUUUUAUUAGUUGGGUUAAAAAUUAGUGUUUAGAGUUCCUUGGGGUAAUAGGUCAUAGGUGAAGUUUUUUCAUAUAAUGUCAUGUGUGUGUGUACUUCAAAUAUGGAUAUUUUUGAGAAAUAUCUAUAAGUAAAGCUAAAUGAAAGUAUAGUUUAUACAUAAUUUAUUUUAGGUCGAUAGUGAAGCAAGUUCUACAACUCAUAUUAAUCAUUCUCGACACAUCAUUCGAGAUGGAAUCCAUCGCCACGUGGGUAUGAGAGAAGAGGCCAGUUUCCCUUUUAAUGCUGAGCGCCAAGCAAGGGAGCUACUGGUACCAUUUUUCUCGCCUUUGGUAUGACGCGGCUGGGGAUCGAACCCACAACCUCCUGCACUCAAAGCCGACGCUCUACCACUAGGCUAUCGAGGCGGUAAAUGAAAGUAUAUCCAACCAUGUAGUUUAUCACAGUGUGUUUCAGUCACAAAUUGUUGACUUUGCUAUACAUUGUAACUAAAAAAUCGUACAGUAAAAAUUUGUAUAUUUAUUAUAACAUAAAUAGUAUUUCUAUUUACAGGACAAGAUUUUUGAGUAUUGAGUUUUCUACAAAUAGUGUGAAAUAUAGAUUUUAGGCUUACAUGUGCAAAAAAAAAUAAUGUAAAUUUCAUAAACGUUCCAUCAGAGUUGCAGAUAUGCUCUUCAAUGAAUAAGGCUUCUCAGAAUGGUGUGAAACAUGGAUGUAGAACUGCUAAUAUUUACAAAAAGUCUUUGGAUAUAGUCAUAAUUUGCAAAUUCAUGCUAAAUGGUAUGUUAGACAACAAGUAACUGUUUAACCAUGACAUAGAUCUGCUCAUUGCCACAGACCUAUGGCAAUGUUAUUAAGGCAUCAUUUGUUAGAACUUGUUGUAUUUGAUUAUUUUACAUUCCUGAUGAAUUUAUUUUUUGUUUAUUACUUUAUGUAUGUAGCCAUGGUGUUCUUAAGAUAUCUUCGUAAAACCAUAUCAUUGUGUUUAAAUCUCUGACAUGUGAUAAAUCUGUGACAUCAAUUAAUUGCCAUGUUGUUUAGCUCUUUAAUAUAUCCAAAAUAGUGUAAUCAUAUUUUUAAUAAAGGUGGCUGCUUAAGCAGGUUUAAUAAAUUCUGUAAAAAAAAAUCCUUUGGAAAGCAAAGAAUGCAAUCAAGAGGGAUAAUAGCAGACUCGGUUUGAUUGAGUCAGUUCAUGAGAGGAACUCUAUUACAGAUAUGUAAUGAUCCCAAAGGACCAGAAAAGUAUAACAACACUGAUAAACUUCAAGCUUAUUAAUGUUCUGUUAAAUAAAAUUAACAUGGUAAUAAAUUUAUGUUUUGCCUUUGUGUAAAUGAUCAAACUAUCUAGUGCUGUCUGUUGAAUAAUAUUGUCUGUUGUGUUUUAAUCUUCUUCUUCUCAGUUGAUAUUUGAAUGACAGUUUAAGAAUUGAUUAGAUGUGAUUUUGUACAUAGAUUUAUUUUCUUUGUCAGUUAAUUAAUGCCAUUUUCUUAACUUGAGUUUGACUAAGGUUAUUAACAUAUGCGAUUACUGUUUGAUCCACAUUUACAUUUUGUUUUACCUUGUUUUGUCUUUAAAUAUGAGACAAUACUGUUGUUAUUUUACAUUAUUCUGAAGAUUUCUGAUGGUUUUGAUUUGGGAACAUUUUUAAUUUUCAAAAUGUUUCUGAUAAGUUUUGAAUUUAUCAUAAAAAAAUUGAUUAAGUAUUUUUCCAUUAAAAAUUUCAGCCUUUUUAAAAACCAUACUGUUUUAAAAUUCAACGUGACUAUUUUUGAAUGGAUUUUUUUAUAAAACUUUCAGCAUAUCUUAAUUUGCAUAAAUGAAUAUUUUUCUGUAUAAAAAAUUGUAAAAUUUUCAAGAUUCUGAUUUUCCUGGUAUUUUAUAGGGAAAAUUAUGAGCUGCACCAUGAGAAAACUAACAUAGUGCAUUUGCGACCAGCAUGGAUCCAGACCAGCCGGCGCAUCCAUACAGUCUGGUCAGGAUCCAUGCUGGUCGCAAAUGCACUAUUUUGGUUUUCUCAUGGUGCAGCUCAGUCAUAUAGAUUUUGGCCAUAAAAUCAACAUUAUUAAAGAUGUCUUAAAAAAUCAAAUAAGAUCUUACUACCUGCUACCACCACCAUCAGAGACCUUUGGAAUCAUAUAUAGUUUAUUUCUGAACCUUGCUAAGUAUAGUCACAAUUCAUGGACAAUUCUUUUACAGAUUUGAUGGAGUAAUGAAAUUUUGUUCUUGAUUUUAUUUUUAAAAAAUGUAAGAGAAUUUCCUGAAUGUGAUCGUGCAACAUUUAGAGCUUGAUAAACUGUACAAAAUAUAAAAUGCAUGAGUUUCAAUUUUAUGUAAAUUAGAAGUUGCAACCAAUAUUGCACUGAAUUGUCUUGUUUAGGGCCUUGCAGAGCUUAACAUUUGAUGAUUUCAAAUGAAACAAGAAAUUUAUCAAAACCAUGUUAAUCAUAUUGAUAAAAUUUUUAUAUUCUUAUGUCGUCUCAAAGUUUAUGGCAUUCUUGUGUAUAUAUUUGUUGAAAAGGUUUUUGUAAUUCUUCAAGUUUUGAAUGCAUAACACAAUGAACUAAUAUACAUGUAUUGUGAUGUAUAGGUACUAUCACACAACCCUGUGGUAUAUGGUGGUAUUGCUUUUUGCUAUGUCUUUCAUGUUGCUAUGCUUAGUAAAUGAGCCGUGCCAUGAGAAAACCAACAUAGUGGCGUUGCGACCAGCAUGGAUCCAGACCAGCCUGCGCAUCCGCGCAGUCUGGUCAGGAUCCAUGCUGUUCGCUUUCAAAGCCUAUUGCAAUUAGAGAAACAGUUAGCAAACAGCAUGGAUCCUGACCCGCGCAGGCUGGUCUGGAUCCAUGCUGGUCUCAAAGCCACUAUGUUGGUUUUCUCAUGGCAUGGCUCAAAUAUGUUUCUUCUGCCUUUAUAUUGAUGUAGAACUGAAGUCUAACAUGGUAUUCUGUAAUUCUGUUUUAUCAUUUAAAAUAUGGUGUGUGAAAGUGAAGAUUUUUGGAAAAGAAGUAAAUGUAAUAUGAGCUGUGCCAUGAGAAAACCAAUGGAUGUGCAGGCUGGUCUGAUUCCAUGCUGUUAGCAAAUGCAUUAAGUUGGUUUUCUUAUGGUGAGUCUCAAUUCAAUUUUAUCAUUUAAAAUUUGGUGUGUGAAAGUGAAGAUUUUUGAAAAAGAAGUGAAUGUAAUAUAAAUAUAGUAUGUCUGGUAUUUUUACUAAAACUUUCCUCCAGAAUUUUUAUUUUCGAGAUGUUUCAAUAUCAGAUUGUGGAAGGAUGUGACUUUGUACUUUCAUUAUAAGUCAACCAGAGAAUAUCAAAAGUAGGAAAUAUACAUGUUAUGUUGUUAUUAAAGAGAUGUGGAUUUCAUACCCAAAUAGGAAUGGGUACAUGUAUAUAUAAGAUAUCUUCACAGGAAGUGUCUCCAGGUGUUGAAAUUUAGAACAUUUUAAGCCGUUUACUAAAUGCCGCUGUAUGCAUUCAACUCUACUAGUUAAAUCAAAAGUAGAAGGUUUACAUGUGUAGAUUUACCUGUAACACUUUAGUAGGGGCUUAUUAUGUAUACACAGUUGGUAUUUGCAUAACAUAUACAUACAGGUAUUGAUAACACAGCCUUUUGACUUACAGUUUUAAUAUAAUUAAUUUAGAUAUAGUUGACCCUUAUUAAUACUCAUUUUGUCAUUUCUGGUGUUAUGUAUUUUUUGGUGCAAUGGUUAAUUUUAGAUUAUUGAUUUAUCUAUUUAUGGUAAUCUGUAGAAUACAUCUUUCAUAAAACUGAUAUUAAUAUGAUAGUAUAAUUAGUAAAUUUUUUCUACUUGAAGUUCUUUAUAUGAGUAGAAAUACCUGGGAAAUAUUCUGUAAUUGUUAAUAAUCAGAGAGUCUUAUGACUAAGACAAAUAUAGUAUUUACAAAAGAAAAUCUUUUCUGUGUAAUGUCUUUUUUUAUCCUGAUCAUUGCUUAAAUUAUAUGGGCAUAUCUAACAUUUUUUCAAGCAGUUUAUAAGUUUGUUUUAAUGACUAAUGUAGUCAUUUUUGGACACUGAGAAUACUUAGGUAUAUAUAAGUAUUCUGUUCAAAUACAUGAAGUUCAAAACCCACCAACUCUUGUUGCUGAAUUUACGUACAAUAAUAAAAUCUAUUAAAGUUAUCUAUAAAAUGUAUUAAAGUUAUAAAUAUUUUCAGUCAUGUAAAACAUUGAAAAUUAUUAAUAAAUACUAACAAUAAAUUACUUUUAAAUCUAUUUAUAUUUUCAUUGGUUGCCUUGAAAGUGUAGCUGUGAAGAGACCUUUCUUUGUUAUAUUUCAUUAUGGAGAUGCUUAAUUUUGACAAUGACUAAGAUGAAAGGCACUCAGUCUGGUUUAAAAUCUGAUGUCUCUGAAAGUAUAUUGAAGGAUGAAUUACAGAUGUAGGAUGAAUGUGAUUGCAUUGCUGUUCAUAACUGUACUACAUAUAAUUAUGGUUGCUUAUCAUUAUACCUCCUGAUACAAAGUACCGGUAUACAGGAGCUACAUUGGAGUCACGCAUGUCUGUUGGUCGAUCCAUCUGUUGUGUCUGCUCAUUUACUUCUUAACCCCAGGGAAGAUUUUGUAAAAUUAGCAUCACUUGAUAACUUCAUCAAGACAAGUGUACAACCUUUGUCAAUGUGUCCAAGGUCAAGGUCACAUGGAGAUCAAAGGUCAAAAUGCUUAGCUUUGCAUUCACUCCAUAUUGUCUAAACCACUUGACACUUGAGCACACAGCUCCAGUUACUUUUGGCCAAGUUUACACUUGAAGGUCAAAAGCACCUUUGUGCCUAGAGCACACGAUCUAGGUCACUAUGUUCAAAUUGAAUGUCAAGAUCCUACUUACAGGUCAAAGUUCAGAAUAGCUUAAAUUUGUCUUCCCAUCAUAUCUUCUUAACUACUGGAAGGAUCUUCAUAAAAUUAGCAUCAAUUGCUAAACUUAUCAAGAUGACAUGCAAAGUGUUACAACUUAGAUAAUAAAGGUUAAAGUCACAGAGGUGAAAGAUCAAAUAACUUAAAUUUGUGUGGAUUUUCAUAAAAUGUAACUAGAAUCAGUUGUCAUUCUUAUCAAGACAACUUGAAAAGUUUACUAGUUACUACCCAGCUCACCAAGUGCAAGGUCACACUUGAAAUUCAAAGGUCAUGAUCACAACAUUUUAAGGGGCAUGUGGGGUAUUAAUUGUCGCCUUUAGUGAUAGCUCUAGUUUCUUAUGUCAUUGUGUAUUUUAAACUUUUUGCACCUCAUUGAGGGAAAUAAAACUUUAUAUAUAA